AUGGCCCAGAAGGCGCCUGCCCGAGCGUGCUUGCUGAUCCCUCUCCUCGCCCACUGCGUCUUCGGCACGACCGCAGCGGUGGAGGACACCGUGCUCCUGCAGCUCGGCACGGACGCCACGAGCUUCGACCUCGCCCGCGUCAGUUCCUUGAAGGGCGUGUCUACGGUGACGAACACCAGGCAGCAGAAAGGACGACGCCAAGUCGAGGCGGCUGACCACAUGGCGAAGGGGGCCUUUUGGAGCCAGGUGGGGCAGGACAUCGAUGGCGAAGCCUCAGGCGAUAACAGUGGCCAUUCGGUGUCGCUGAGCAGCGACGGCAGCCGCGUGGCUAUUGGAGCAUACCUGAACGACGGUGCUGGGACAACUUCUGGUCACGUUCGCGUCUUCGGGCUCUCGGGCAACACUUGGAGCCAGUUGGGGCAGGACAUCGACGGCGAAGCCUCAGGCGAUAACAGUGGCUAUUCGUGUCGCUGA